AUGUCGAGCACUUCACAAGACAAAGUUCUCACCCCUUCCACAAAAACAACAUCGACGAACAUCAACAUCCUCGAGACGGGAUGGGGGGAUAUAAGCGACUCCAAUGGAGAGGUUGAUGUCGGGGAUGAUAUCUUGCAUAAUCUGGGAUACGAUUCUCAAUUAAAUCGUACUCGAAGCUUCGGUCACAUAUUUAGUAUGACCGUCACUUGCCUUGCUGUUCCUUAUGGUAUGGGAUCCGCACUGUAUACGAGCAUAAUCGGAGGAGGACCAGCCACGAUGAUUUGGGGUUCCGUCCUGGCUUGUUUCUUCUACUGGAUGCAAGCUUAUUCACUUGGUGAAUUGGCUGCAAGAUUCCCAACCGCCGCCGGACCAUACUAUUGGACGUACCAGACUGCUUCACCAAGAAUGCGGGUCUUUCUGUCAUAUCUGACUGGAUGGAUCAUUCUGACGGGUGUCAUCAUUGUGUCACUAUCGGUCGCCUUCGGCUUGGCCCAACACCUCGUGGCGACUGUCAACAUCACUCAUCCAGAUUACGUAGCGCCGCAGUGGGUAUACAUCUUGAUAUGUUACGCUUUGCUUCUGGUAGCCUCCAGUUCAGUGAUAUUGAAACCCGACUUACUACCGGUACUCGACAAAAUCAAUUUCGUCUGGACAUGGACAUAUCAGCUUGUCUACAUAAUAGUACUAUUGACUACUGCCAAACAAGGCAGAAGGAGUGCAAAAUUCGCUUUCACCCACUAUGAGCCGACAUACUCUGGGUGGGGUCAAGGCUUUACCUUCUUCAUUGGAUUGCUCUCUUCUGCAUUCGCGAAUUGUUCGAUUGGUCUAGUCACAGCGAUGGCUGAAGAGGUGAAGAACCCUUCUCGAAACAUCCCUCGCGCCAUGACUUGGACAAUGCCCUGCUCCAUGAUCUUAUCAUGGGCAUACGCGCUACCAUUGACAUUCACCUUGCCAGACAUGGAUGUUCUGCUAGAGGCUCCGGGCGGAGUCGUUCUGCCCUAUGCCUUCAAGCUCAUCAUUGGAAAUGAUGCCGGCGCUGUAAUCAUGACGCUUGGUAUAAUGGGAAUCGGUUUCUUUUGUCUCAUUGCUAUCAAUACCACAGCCUCACGAAUGUUAUGGUCCUUUUCAAGAGACCACGCUGUGCCAGGUUCGGCUUUAUGGUCUAGGACAACCUCAAAAGGGAAUAUUCCAUUGGCGAUUGGCCAAAGUGUUGCCAUUCAAAGCUUACUAUGUUUGAUCGAUCUUGGCUCGAGAUUAGCAUUCAACUCUUUUGUAUCGGCAGCGAUUCUGGCUUUCAAUUUCGGCUACGCAGUGCCGGUCUUAUGCAACCUCUGCUCUCGCAGACGAGCCAUCAAGACUAUCACAUUUAGCUACUCCAAGCAAAUUGGGAGAUAUUGCAACCUCGGCCAGUUAACCUGGACGUGCCUCGCUGCGGUCUUAUUCAGUAUGCCUGUAGGUCUGCCGGUAGCGGCUGAAUCGAUGAAUUACGCUGCGGUGGUAUUAUUCGGUUUUAUCACCAUCACAACCAUUUGGUAUCUCGUAUACGCGCGAAAGGUGUACAGAGGUCCCCCACAAGUGGCUAGUCAGGUCGAGACUGAUCUAUAA